AUGAGAGAGAUUCUUUAAUUUCAUGUUGGAUAAGCUGGAAUCCAAAUAGGAAAUACUGCCUGGGAAUUGCUUUGUUUAGAACACGGAAUUCAACCUGAUGGUUCUGCUCCAAGCUCUUAGAAUCUCUAGGUUUUAUUUUCAGAGUCAUCAACUAAAGCAAAUGUGCCCAGGGCUGCAUUCUUUGAUGAUGACCCACUUACUAUCAAUUCACUUAAUAGAGGACCAUUAAAGAAGGUCUUGAAUUAAAACCUCAUUAAAUUAUUUAAAGAUGAUGCAUCAUCAAUAUGGGCAUCCAAGAAGAUUAAAUAAUACGAUGAAAAAGAUCGGUCUACUCGUACUGCUGAAGAAAUCGUUCGCAAAAUGUUGGAAUCUGCAGAUGCAGCCUCAGCGAUUAUAAUAUAUCAUUCAUUAGCAGGAGGAUUUGGAAGCGGUUUCACAUGCUAAUUAUUAUAAUUGUUGAAUGAUGAAACUGCUAAAACAACAAAGUUGACAGUAUCAGUAUUUCCAUCAACUAAACAAGACUAAUUAUUUACUUAACCUAUUGUUGAACCCUAUAAUACAAUACUCACUUUGCCAACACUUUCAGAAAUGUCUGAUUUCAAUAUUCUUUAUGAUAAUGCUGCUAUGUAUAAAGUAUGCCAGAAUCAAUUAGAUUUUGAAACACCCAAUUAUAGUCAUCUCAAUUAUAUGAUUGCUUAAACUAUUUCAUCAAUUUCUCAAUCAAUUAGAUUUNCAUACACCAACUUGAACAGAUUGAUUGCCUAAGUCAUCUCUUCAUUGACAGCUUCAUUGAGAUUCGAUGGUGCCUUGAACGUCGAUAUCACUGAGUUCUAAACCAACUUGGUCCCAUAUCCAAGAAUCCACUUUAUGCUUUGCUCAUAUGCCCCAAUCAUCUCAGCUGAAAAAGCUUAUCACGAAUAAUUGUCAGUUGCUGAAAUCACAAACUCAGCCUUCGAACCAGCAAACAUGAUGGCUAAGUGUGAUCCAAGACAUGGUAAAUACAUGGCUUGCUCCAUGCUUUACAGAGGUGAUGUCGUCCCCAAGGAUGUCAACGCUGCCAUUGCCACCAUCAAGACAAAGAGAACCAUCUAAUUCGUCGACUGGUGCCCAACAGGAUUCAAGGUCGGAAUCAACUAUCAACCACCAACAGUCGUCCCAGGAGGUGAUUUGGCUAAGGUCAUGAGAGCUGUUUGUAUGAUCUCCAACUCAACUGCCAUCGCUGAAGUCUUCUCCAGACUUGAUCACAAAUUCGAUCUUAUGUAUGCCAAGAGAGCCUUCGUCCACUGGUACGUCGGUGAAGGUAUGGAAGAAGGAGAAUUCUCUGAAGCCAGAGAAGAUCUUGCUGCCUUAGAAAAGGAUUAUGAAGAAGUCGGUAUUGAAACUGCUGAAGGAGAAGGUGAAGAAGGAGAAGCAUGAUAAAUCAAUAUAUAUACAAAUCAAAUAUUAAAACAUUUCAC